GCUUUGUCACAAGUGCAGACACUAUGUUUUCCAGAUAAUCGCCGUGGCGAUGAGGAGAAACACUGGCUUCUGAUCGUCCUUCACUGCAAUCAUCGCCAGGCUCCUUUCUCGGGGUUUCCCACAUGCUCACACAAGAAACACAGAACACCUACUCCCCAGUUACCCUCCUACCUUCAACGCACCUGCUAUCCGACCUUUUUUUCAGAAGGCUAGAAGUUAAAGAUCCGUCAACACCAGAGAAUCUUUCAUUUAUGCUUUACUAGUGUAUCGUGUCUAAGCUGAGGAACAUCAUGACACGAAAGUCAAUCACGUCCAGCACAUCUUCGGACGUACCCUAUCAUGUUAUGAAAGCCGAACUCGACGAAGGCGGGCUGAAGCCUGGCAACAAUGAUCGGGACUUUACCGUGUUCCUCGAUCUGAAGUCAGAGCAUUCACGCAAGUUUCUGGACAGCCUUCGAGAACACGUCCAAUUUCGCGGCUUCGAAUGGGGAGAGUUACUGAGUUCAGAGGCUCUCCGACGAACAUGCGCUGAAAUUUUCGUUGAAAACGUUGGAAAGACUUAUUGGGGCACUGAAGAGAACCGUCGAAAGUAUUUGAUGAAAGAAGCAAUCAAGGAUCCGAACAGUCUCUGCGUAUAUCCCGACAGAAGGGAGGAGAUCAUCCGAACCAUCAUGAUCCUCCUCGAACGCAAGGCGAAAAGUGCUCUAAGAUUUCGCACUGACAAGGAUCCCUCGAAAGACAACACUGCAACCACUGCCCUCGAAACCAGCACGAACAUGGCAUCAAAACUGACAUGGUCUACCAAGCGUGUGACGACGCCAGUGCCGCAUGUCGCCGUGCAAGUUGAACGCAAGCCCAAGCGCAAGUCUAAGAAUUUUUCAGACGAAGAAUACAGAGAGACAGACUCCGUCGUUGAUGACACGGAUGACGUCCAAGAAUACACACCUCACAUGGCUCGUCCAGUGAGACGUUCCUCAACCACGGGAAUUCGCCCUUUCAAGUCGAUCAUGACUUCCCAAGAAUGCGAUAUCGAGUCUGAUAGCGAUGUGAUGAUGGUGGACUGGAAGACCAAGUGGAGUGACCCUGCGAAGACGAAGCAGGAGCGCUCCCAUUCCGUCAAGACGGAGCCUAUCCCCGUGGCCCCUGUCAACAACUUCGAGAUCGAGAAGCCGGACUACUCUCCAAUCAAGAUGGAGCCACAAGCAAGCCGCAAGAAGAGAAAGUCCAAGAGCAAGAAGCAGUCGCUCAUCAGACCGGAGUCGCAGGAAGUGAUGAUGAACCCGGACGACCCUGUUCCUGAUGACACCUUCACCACCACCACGGCUACUCCAGGCGUCGAAGCCAACCCGGACGAUCCCGUCUAUUUUCUGGUCACCGCUACCUCCCAGCCAGGCAUGGGCUCGGUCUGGGUCCCGUACCGCGACUUCCGCUCGGCGGAGGAGUUCAUGCGCUACCUGCGACAGGAAUGCCGUCUGGACGACUGGAGCCCGUCCCGCCAGCUGAGCCACGACGUGAGCGGCCACACCCCGACCACCACGAAGCCCGUCGUCGUGGCGGCCUCCGUGAAGUUAGACUGGACCGACUUUGAGAUCCGCGUCCGCCAGAACCACGACCAGGACUGGGCGAUGGUGCAGCAGGAGCUGCAGAAGGCCAUGGAGGGUCGGACCCAGCUUCUGGAAUCCGGAUCGUUGACGUCUGCCUUCAAGAUCCGCGUCCUGUUGCACGUCGUGGAGGAGGAUAUGCUGCUCGCGUACCCCAGAGCUCCCUGAAACCAGGGGCUUCUCAAGGUCUUUUCGAUAUUGCGUCUGUGCCAACAACCACGAACGGUGUGCACUGCUACAUGAUCUUGUUUAGCUCAGU